AUGAUAGAUUCCUCUAAGACUUUUGACGAGAAGGAAUUUUUACAGCAUAAAGCCUUCGUAGAGGUCAUGGCAAAAAGUUUCGGGAAUAAUACUCGUUCUGCAGUUGUAACCUACGGAGAAAAACCUUCUAUAAAAUCAAACUUCGAUGACUCUUUGAACAUAACUUACUUUCUGAGCGUUGUUCAAAGUAUAGUGAAAGACGACGUAAACGAUAAUCGACUAGACACAGCUAUCAAUAUGGCCACAACUGACCUAUUUCCAAAAGCACGACCUAGUGCGGCGAAGUUAGCAGUGGUCGUCACUGAUGGAAGUCAAACAAGUGGACCAAAUGCCCUGGAACUCCAGCAAGCUUUCGAUGCUUCCGCUAAGGCAGGUGUUCGCACGGUUGCUUUAGGGAUUGGCGAGGCCUUGAACGUGGAAGAGUGGCGCAGUCUUGUUCCGCGAAAAGAAGACUUCCUUCAAAUUGAGAAUUCUCAAGAUAUGACUUUAAAGAUACGUGACAUAGCAAAGCAAGUUUGCGCAGCAGCAGGUAACAAAAUGUGAAUAAUAUAUUAUCUACCUUUUCGGGACGUAAAUGCUUCCCAUCCAAAACAAAAUGACGAGGGAGGACUAACCUCCUCUUCCCCUCCCCUCAUAGCCAUCAUGGAGUGCACAAAGACCGCAAAGCACCACAGUUGCAAUACUGAAAUAUGACGUAAGAGCUUAGAGUGUCCAAGAUGACUAUUUAACUUUCCUUAACUGAUGGCAUGUGAUAGUGUCGUCUAAUCGUCUGGAUGGGUGUAGUCCCGAGAAGGAGUGUUGUCGGUAGUAGUGACUGACGUUACAACAAACUUACUUUAGCAGCUGUAGUUUUGUUUUUUCAAUCAAAAUUUUCUUGUUUAACACGUAGAGCCGAUCGAGGAACCAACCUGUGGCUACGCUAUGGAUAUCAUCUUUCUUGUGGAUUCUUCAGACGGAAUCGGUAUCGAAAACUACGACAAACAAAAAUCUCUUGUAAUAUCCAUCGCAAGGAGUUUUGGGAUCUCUCACAACACCAGUCGUGCGGCUGUAGUACGGUACAGUGACUCCGCAUCUGCUUAUUUCCAAUUCGAAGAUUCAUCGAGUACCGAUAAAUUUGAAAGAGCUAUUCAUAGAAUGUCUCUCCAAAAAGGUCCGCCAAGACUGGACAAAGCGUUUGAUGUCGCCUUGGCAGAAGUCCUUCCUCAAGCUAGAAGAGGAAUACCUAAAAUAGCAUUUGUUGUGACGAACGGUAAGCAAAAUUCUGGCGAGGAUAUGAAAGCUCUAGACGCAGCUUCUGAGCUGUUAAGGAGGGCAGGGGUCAAGGUGAUCGCCCUGGGCGUUGGCACAGAAGUUGACCUUGAAGAGCUAAAGAUCAUUGUAGAAGAUGAGGAAGAGCACAUUGUGACAGCUGAGUCUUACAGCGAAUUGAUUUUGAACAAGGAAAACAUCAGUGAAAAGAUAUGCGAACAAGCAGGUUAGUGCAAUUUCCUACGAGUCCUCAAAACAUGUAGGCAAUUUACCCUCCCAGAGAAAGCAGAAGUCAAACCAGCCCCUGAGAAGUUAUUAAAUUUAAACUUAACCCCACUAUCUAAAUAAUAAUAAAAUAUUUGUAGUUUGUUUACAAAAAGUCCUUACAGAAAAGAAGUCUGAAAAAAUUCAGAUGCAAAAAAAUUCUCCGAAAAAGCAAAAAUAUAAAGAAAAAAAGACCAGAUAAGGGUGUUUAUAUUUGGAACAUUACAGGUGAUGAACUAAAUCUCCUCAUUCUAAAAUAAGGAAAAAGCCUAAGUCAGUUAUUACUGAAGGUAAUGACAAAAGAUGUUUAUGUUUACAAGACAUUUUUUUCAGACCUUCUGUUGUUCAAUACUAGAAUAUCUGAUUCCUCUUUGUUCUAUGAUUUAUCGAGUGUUUCCAUAGAACCCUGUCUACCAUUGAGUGAGGCUCCUCUGUCUCUUUAUUACCCCAUGGUCAUUUCAGGUGAACAAAUGCUUAUGCUUAUUUUUGGAAAAUCUUAUGUCGGUUCUGCUUUUUGAAACUAGUUAAGCACCUUUAAACUCUUUUGCCCCAUCUUUACUUCUUCCUGUGCCCCCAAAUACUAUUUAGGCUAGAUUUCUUAAGAGCUAUGUACCUAUGAUGACUUUAGCUGCAAUUAACCUGAGAAAACCAAUUCGUAAGUUGUUAAGCCAUCUCCUGGUCAUCUAAAUUUAUUUUAUUUCCACUUUUUGCAAAUAGACUGCUCUCCUCAGUAAAAUAUCUCAUGUUCACUUUCAUUGCCCUAACUGUGUAUCAGUUGCAUAACAUAACAUAAUUUGUUUCUGAGACAAUCACUGGCAAAAUGUUAAUGUACCUAAAUUUCUAUCCGGGGUAAUUACAAUCAACAACACAACAUUUUUGAUCAAAAACAAUUCAUUGAUUCAUUCACUGAUUGAUGGAAAUCAAGAAAGCUAAUGAUGCUCGCAGGCAAGCUGCCCGUUAAAGCCUGAAUUUUCUCCAGGCUUCCUUUCCACAACUCCUCAAUUCCGCUUUACUAUAGCGCCCUCAGUUUUACCAUAUUGUAAUAUUAUCACCGACCCCGAUUCCCUACGGAUCCACGUUGAGAGUAAUUUCACAUAAAUAACCUGACCAUAGUGGCCGAGUAUGAAGUCCUCGUCUCACGGUCAACACUAGCUUUUGCAUCUCAUUAAUGUUUACGGUUUGUCGUCGUCGCUUUUUCUGAUCAUUUCAAACCAAAUUCACGUACAUUAUCAUUGCAACUGAAUUAACACAACACAAAUCGAGUAAAGCUCCCUUUAAUACCUCACGUUGUGACGCAGCUGCCUUCACACUGUUUUCCUUGUUCGGCCAGUUAGCGCUCGCAGAAACUACAUCAUCCCUCUUCAAUCAAAGUGAACAUGUCAAAAAAAGGCUCUGCAUAACUGAGGCACCCUCAAAAGGCAUACUAAUCGAUAAGCAAAUGAUAACCAAAACAGACAGAAAUUGAAUUUCAAUGCCGUAAGACAAUUACGUCACACGCCUGCGCAAGCGUAACACAAAGAACAAAACAACUUACCGAAGGCUCAAGUCUUCCACAAAAACCUAGUCGAAGCCGUUUCAAUUUCUCCUGUUCGCGCCAAGAAUUGAAAGAAAUUACUUUUCUCAGGUUAGUAUGGAGCCUUUACAAAGUGUCCUAGAGUAUCAUUAAGCUCGCUAUUGGACUAA